GUCCCACUCUCCUCCUCUUCCUCUCUCCUCCCUCCGGACGCCAGGCUCCUCCGCACCCCCUCCCCUGGGAGCCCCGACGGCUUGGCCACGACCCCACCCCCACUUGGCCCCCAGCUUUUUCACUUUUGUUUUCUCCUUUCUUUGCCCUCCAUCUUCUCACUCUUUCCCUCUGUCUUUAUCCUCAGCUCCUGUGCCUAUCUCUGUGUCCCACCUCUCCCCCCUCUACUUCCUCUCCCCCCACCCCCAGUUUCACCUCUGGGCCUCUGGAGCCUCUCUUUCCUGUUCUCUGGCCCCAGCACUCCCCACCCUCACCUCAGCGCGACCAUGGCCACCAUCCCAGACUGGAAGCUACAGCUGCUAGCCCGCCGACGGCAGGAGGAGGCAGCCCUUCGUGGCCGGGAGAAGGCAGAGCGGGAGCGUCUGUCCCAGAUGCCAGCCUGGAAGCGGGGACUCCUGGAGCGUCGCCGAGCCAAGCUUGGUCUGUCUCCUGGAGAACCUAGCCCUGCACCUGGGACUACAGAGGCUGGACCUCCAGACUCAGAUGAGUCGGCUGUCCUCCUGGAGGCCAUUGGGCCAGUGCACCAGAACCGAUUCAUUCGGCAGGAGCGCCAGCAACAGCAGCGGAAUGAAGAGUUACUUGCAGAGAGAAGGCCUGGGCCUUUGGAGGCCCGAGAUCGGAGACCCAGCCCUGGGGAGAUGCGGGAUCAGAGCCCCAAGGGAAGAGAGUCAAAAGAAGAGUGGCUCAGUCCCAGGGAGGCCAGAGAGAGGAGGCUGGGGAUAGGGGGAGCCCGAGAGUUGAGCCCCAGGCCUUUAGAGGCUUGGGACUGGAGGCAGAGCCCUGGAGAGGCUGGAGACAGGAGCUCCAGACUGUCAGAGGCCCGGAAAUGGAGGCUGAGCCCCGGAGAAACUCCAGAGUGGAGUCUGAGACUGGCAGAGCCUGGAGAACAAAGCCCCAGGAGAAAAGAGGUGGUGGAAAGUAGACUGAGCCCUGCAGAGUCUGACAACCAGAAGUUGGGGCUGACAGAGUCGCAUAAAUGGAGGCCUGACUCUGGAGAGUCUCAGGAACAGAGUUUGGUACAACUGGAGGCAUCAGAGUGGAGGCUGAGCUCAGAAGAAGAAAGAAAAGACUGUUCGGAGGAAUGCGGGAGAAAAGAAGAGAGACCAGUUCCAAGGCUGGCCUCAGAAGAGAUUACAGAGCUGUCAGAGACCCUGACAAGGGAGGCUCCAGACAGCAGCUCCAGAGAAGUGGAGGCAGGAGAGCAAAGGCCCACCCCUGUGGAGGAUGCUGAGAGGGGCCCGAGGCUGACAGAAGGAUGGAGAUGGACCCUGAACUCUGGAAAGGCUCGAGAAUGGACACCCAGGGACACAGAGGCUCAGACUCAGAAACCAGUCCCCCCAGAGUCUGCUGAGAAGUAUUUGGGGUCUCUUGGUACUGAGGCUGGAGAAGGGGAGGCUGAGAAGGAGAAGGCGGGGGCUCAGGGCAGGCCUCUGAGAACCCUGCAGAACUACAGCUCUGUGCCCUCCCCCUUCCCACCAGAGGACGCUGGGACUGGAGGCUCUAGAAGGCAGGAAGAGGAAGCAGUGGAUCUCCGGCCCCCACCAGCAGCCCCUCUGUCUCCCCCACCCCCAGCCCCACCUGCCCCCCAGCCCCCUGGGGAUCCCCUCAUGAGCCGUCUGUUCUACGGGGUGAAGGCAGGGCCAGGGGUGGGGGCCCCUCGCCGCAGUGGACACACCUUCACAGUCAACCCCCGGCGGUCCGUACCCCCUGCAGCCCCCACCACUCCUGCCACCCCAGCCACAGCUGAUGCGGCAGUCCCUGGAGCUGGGAAGAAGCGGUACCCGACUGCCGAGGAGAUCUUGGUUCUGGGGGGCUACCUCCGCCUCAGCCGCAGCUGCCUUGUCAAGGGGUCCCCUGAAAGGCACCACAAACAGCUCAAGAUCUCCUUCAGCGAGACAGCAUUGGAGACCACGUACCAAUACCCCUCCGAGAGUUCGGUGCUGGAGGAGCUGGGCCCGGAGCCUGAGACUCCCAGUGCUUCCAGCCCCCCAGCGGCACAACCCGACGACGAGGAGGAUGAGGAAGAGCUGCUGCUGCUCCAGCGGGAGCUCCAGGGCGGGCUGCGCACCAAGGCCCUCAUCGUGGAUGAGUCCUGUCGGAGGUGACCUCCUUUCAACAUAGAGUCUAUACCCUGGUUUCCCGGAACUGAAGAUCCUGGAGCCCAGAAGACUGAGAAUAGAGAGACCCUGAAAAUGAGCUUGGCAGGGAAGGGCAACUGACAUCUUCCAACUUGCUUUCCUCAUCCUGUUUUUGGGGGCAGAGCUAGUCUCCCAGUUUCCACCCUCACCAAAGGUCCCUGGUUUGAGUGUGUCAGACAUGCUGAUGGCAUCCUAGAUGAUUCAAACGUGAGCAUCAAGUCCUGAGGAGGAUCACAGCACUCACUGGGGCUGGAGGUGGAGUACCUCCUCCACCUCCAUGGGUGGGUUACCCUCUCCCUUCAGCUUCCUUGACUCCCAACCAUUCCCUGGGGGCUCUUAGGAUUUAAGCACUCCUCUGGGCAGCCUGCCCCCACUCCAUUUACAAGCCCCUCUCCUUCCUAUUCUGUAGGCCACUGCCCUUUUGUUUAUACCUCCUGCCUCCUCUCUUGACCACCAGCCUGGUUUACAAACGCCAUUAGCUCCCAGCCCCACCUGUCAAAGUCCCAGGUUUACAACGACACCUACUUGUUGAGUCCAUUUGGAACCCUAUCUCUUGUCCCUGGCGCUUGCCUCAUUGGGGGUGUGGCUUCCUCCACUUUUGCUCAGUAUUACUGUACCUCAGUUUUCCCCAAGAAGGAAGGUUGGGGAUCUUAGACCUGUACCCCCCAUCUAAUUAUUUAAUUCUGUUCCUUCCAGUGGUCCACAACUGAAUUGAAUUGCAAGGGUGAGGGGCGACUAAUAAGGCACCUCUUCCCCAUUUCUCCUUCCUUAUCAACUGCCUGUUUUGUUUGUUUUUUAAGUUUUCCUUAAUAAAAUGGAGUUCUCUCCAA